AUGGCGUCCUCUUAUGGCUCUUCGGGUUAUCGGGCGGCAUAUGGCGGCUACAACUCCCACUCGGCCGGGAUGCCCAUCCAGAAACCACCACCUGCUCGACUAAUCGAGCAUUUUGCCUUUAAGUCGAGCCCUUUCUACGAGCUGAGGCACCAGCUGGGCAAACCCCGAGAGUUGGAGGUAAUGACGAGUCAUAGGAACACGGAAAAGAUCGAGUUGAGAGGGUCGGAGAUGUCUGUGUGCGAUGAAAACCCAUCCAUGAGGGUUCUGGUGUUUUGUGCCAACGGGACAACGCCAAUUCAGGACAUUGCCUUUCCUUAUCAAUGCGAACUACGGGUAAAUGGCGAGGAGGUCAAGGCCAACUUGAGAGGGUUGAAAAACAAGCCCGGCUCGACGAAGCCUGUCGAUGUGACGCACCUGUUGCGCUUUCGACCUCCGAGCUAUACCAACCGCAUCGAGGUGACAUAUGCCCUGACUCAAAAGAAGUUUUAUCUGUCCGUGGUCCUCUGCAAAACGACCACGGUGGAUGCUCUGGUGCCGCAGAUCAGGCAGAAGAUCCGGAAGGAGCACGUUAUUGAUGAAAUUACCAAGGCGGCCAGUGAUCCAGAUGUGGUUGCGACAUCGCAGAACCUGAGCCUCAAAUGCCCCAUCACAUACAUGCGUCUGACAAAUCCAUGCCGCGGCGUCAAGUGCAACCACAUUCAGUGUUUCGAUGCAUCUUCCUAUCUCCAGAUGCAAGAGCAAAGCCCAUUGUGGGUGUGUCCCAUUUGCAACAAGGUCACCCCGUUUGAGCAGCUGGCGAUUGAUGAGUACGCGCGUGACAUCUUGGCUCGCACAUCGGAAUCUACGGAGCAGGUCACCAUUGAGCCAAAUGGAGAAUGGGCUCUUCCUGGUGCCAAAAAGGACACAGGAGUUUCGAAGAGUCAGGAGGCUAGCUAUAUUGACGACGAUGAUCUCGUGGUUUAUGAGAACCCCAGCAAGCCAAUUUACAGCUCUGCACAGCAUCCGUCGAGUGCUGCUUAUCUGGGGACGCCACAGAGUGGUGCUUCCAGAGACACCUCUGCUGCACCCCGGUCCUCCAGCAAGCGAUCCGCUCCCGAGGUCAUUGACCUGAUUUCCUCUGACGAUGAAGAUGAUGCCCAGUCCGCAAAGCGCCCGAGGUACUACUAG